ACUGAUGUUAAUAGUAGUACCUAAAGCAAUUCUUCUUCUUCUUUUUGGAUUGAUCAAAGGAUUAAACUAUUUGAUUAAUUAGUUGACCAAUUAUUCUUCUUCUUUUGGAUUGAUCAAAGGAUUAAACUAUUUAAAUAAUCAAGUGAAAAAGGUGUGAUCUCGUUAUUAUUUUGAUAACUGUGGAAUAAGGUGAAGGGUUGAUCUUUAAGUUGAAAUUUUAUUGAAAUUCAAGAAGAACAAGUUAAAAAAAAUUGAUCUUUUUUUCUUCUUGGUAUGUGAGUGUAACUUUAUUUUGUAUGCAAGGUAACUUAAAAGACUGUAAAGUAGUGAUCAAGAAAGAAUGUUGACUUUGAAGUUAUUCACAAAACUGAGUUUUGAUUGGUAAAUUGGGAGCAAAGAUAUUGCUUUAAUACUUUGAGAUUCUCUGUUUUUUAUUGGAUUCACUUGUGGUUUGCCAAAAUAUUUGUCAUGGUUAAUCAAUAAGAAAUUCAUGGUAACUUAAAACACUUUUAAGUAGUGAUCACCAAUGAAUGGUUGAUUUUGGAGUUAUUCCCAAAACUGAGUUUUUUGAUUGGUCAAUUGGAGCAAAGAUACUGCUCUAAUGCUGUGAAAACCUAUGUUGUUAGGAAUAUUAGGAUUCACUUGUAGUUUGCCUAACUUUUUGUCAUCGUUAAUUAAUCACAGAAGGGAUAAGUGUUGAUUGUUGUGAUGAAAUAUGUCCAAAUAGAACUGAAGGGAAUUCAUACAAGUGAAACUUACUAGUUUAUGGUUGCAAUUCGUAUAAGGAACUCUUACUAGUUUGUGAUUGAGCUGUAGUUGUAAAUUAGUAGGCUUCUUAUAUAUGCACAUGUACACACUGUAUGUGAUGUGCCAAGGUAAAACUUAAAAAGUAUUGACUUUGGAGAAAAUCAAUGACAAAAUUCUUGUUUCGACCCAGGAAAUGUUCUAAUCAUAUAGAACUUUGUGUAUGAUCUCUUGCAAUGUCAGUUUCUUAAGACAGUUCGAUCGAAUGUUUCUUUUUAUAUUCAUUUAUUCUAGGGGUAUAAGGCUAAGCGAAGCGAAAAGGGUUUUCCAUGAGAUGGGAAAUGAAAACGAUUUUCCCCACACGAAGUUUGUGAAUAAGUGAUUGUCUGAUAAUGAGCAAGGAAUAUCCGUCUUUCUGCUAAACAGGAUGGAUGUUAGAAAAAGAGAUAAUCUACUAGUUUUCCUUAUAGAAAUUUAAAAAUUCUCUUUUGGGCAUUCGUGUUUUGUAAGUCAUUACUGCAAAAAAGGAACUGCCAGUGAGUUAUUUUUUCUAUGGAGGUUGCAUGCUAUAUGUCUUUUUCGAGAAAUGAUGUCCUUAGUUGUGAUGUAAUUGUUGUUUAAGUAGAUUUCAGAGUAAGCAGAAUGAGCUCUCUGCAAGGGCCUAUCGUUUGUCCUGUUGUUCGUGGAAAGCAAACAAGUCAGUUUGCUGCUCCUGUCAACUCUGCUUUUGUGAAGGCUAAGAGUUUGAAAAGUGGGUUCUGGGGGCUUAAUGGGAUUUCUAGCUUCCGGGUUAAUGUGGCUCGUCAACCACAAUCACGAGUAAGCAAGGUGAUUCAAUGCACUUUUAGUUCAUCAUCAGACGAAAAUGGUAGCAUGGCAGAGAAUUCCAAUGAAAAUGAUGCAGAUUAUGUGAACUCUAGCGUGGUAGAAGCUGUUGAAGUGCGAAGUGGUCCAGAUGGUUUCAUGAUCAAGAUGAGAGAUGGCAGGCAUUUGAAAUGUGUCCAUAAUAAUCCACAAGGAGGCCAUCUACCUGAUUAUGCUCCACAUCCGGCGAUUGUAUUAAGAAUGGAAGAUGGAACAGGGCUCCUUCUCCCUAUUAUUGUUUUGGAGAUGCCAAGUGCGUUGCUCAUGGCAGCUGUGCGCAAUGUCCAAAUUGCCAGACCAACAAUGUAUCAAGUUGUGAAGGAAAUGGUUGAGAAGAUGGGUUACACAGUCAAACUUGUUCGAGUUACCAAGAGAGUGCAUGAGGCUUAUUAUGCUCAGUUAUACCUAACAAAGUCGGACAAUGAUGCUGAGAGUAUUAGCUUUGAUCUUCGUCCUUCUGAUGCAAUCAACAUUGCUGUUAGAAGCAAGGUGCCAAUACAAGUCAACAAGUACUUAGCUUAUAGUGAUGGUAUGAGGAUUGUUGAAUCUCCGAAACCAAUAGUGCACACUGCUGGUUCGGACGGUCUGUUGUUCACUGAGCUUGACAGGCCUUCUGGCAAGUCGUGCAUUGAAACAAAGGAGUUUAUUCUUGUGCGGAAUAUGCUGAUUGCGGCUGUUGAAGAACGAUAUAGAGAUGCAGCCCUGUGGAGGGACAAGCUUACUCAACUGCGGUCCAAGAGAAACUGGAUAUAGAAGGUGUGCUUAGAGUUGUUUGAGCAAAGGACUGCUGUGUAUAUAGAAGCCAUUCAUCGGAGCCAAUGUGGUCAGCAUCUUCAAAGAUCAGUUGUACUUCUCCCUGUAAUAUUGUAAAAAAAAUAACUUGUGAAUAUCUGUAUACAUAGACUGUAAUUAGUGUAAGACCUGUAAACUUAUAUUUUCCUGGACAUGAACUUUAUUCAGUUUCCAUAUCAAUCUUUGCAUUCCGAAA